UCGAUGCUUGGAAGCAUCUUUCAUUCUAUUUUUGUAGAUUUGCGCAUAUAUGGCUGCCAAAAUUUUUUGAGUCUUAUGAACACCUUCAGGAUUUCAGCAAACCAAAACAGACUACAGCCCACAUAUAUUGGAAUUGUCAUUAAAAUUUUAAAUAAGUGGGUUUCUUCUUUGAAAACAUCAAAAUGUAAAGCUUUAUAUGGAUAAAAAUGAUAAAAGCUACAGUAAGAAAAGCUAAACAACCUCAUAAUAUGGCUGAAAAUCCACUCAAUUUUUCAGUUUUAUUGGAGAUUAU